GCAAAGAUGGCAGCGGAAGUGGAGCUGGUGAGAGAGCAGGUGGGAGACGAGCAGGUGAGGGACAGUCUGCAGAGGUUCAUCCAGGAGAGGAAGAGGAGGAAGAGGAAGAGGGAGCUGUCCGCGGCCGGGCUGGAGAGGAGCGAGGAAGAGGCGAAGAGAGUGAAGCUCCAUCAUCAUCAUCCUCAUCACCAUCAUCAUCAUCACCAGCAGCUGCUGCACAAACCCCACAGCGUGGAGAAGCAUGUCCUGCACCACCAGUACCACCAGCAGAACCACCACCACCAGCAGAACCAGCACCACCAGCACCAGCAGCAGAGCCUCACCGGCGGGGCGAAGAGGAGCCUUCAGCCUCCUCUUCCUCCUCCUCCUGCUCCUCCUGCUCCUCCGGUGCAGCUGCAGAAGGAGCAGCAACGAGCCCCGGAGCUUCUCCAGGUGGUGAAGGCCAAAGAGGAUCCGAGGGAGAAGCUCCGGGACGCAGAGCUCCGGCUGCAGCUGAAGAAGGAGAACACCGAGGCCAACGUGAAGCAGGAGCUGAAGAGGAAGAAGGAGCCGAGGCCUCACAACGAGAACCUCGAGUCCCUGACGCUGGAGGAGUAUCUCCUGAAGAAGAGGAAGAAGAAGAAGAAGCAUGAGGAAGAUCACCGAGCCAAGAAGCUCCGGCACAUGCACAACAAGGCCGUUCAGACCGUGGGAGCCGACCUCAGCCUGACCAUCCGCCCGGAAACAUCUCGGCCGGGCGCGGUGAAGCGCGAGCGCCAUCGCCAGCCGAGCAGGGACACUAUCGCCAACCACCAGCCCUACCUCCAUGCUCUCAAGCUGGGUCACGCCCCCUUCCUGUCCCACCAGGACCACCACAUCCGCAGCUCCUCCCUCCAGACGGGCACCUGGUACGGACGCCUCAUGCACGAGGAACGCCAAGCCAACGGCGGAGGGUCCGUCCUGCACGCCUACUCUGACGAGCUGGCCUGUCUCAGCCCGGCGGAGAUGGAGAGCUUCGCCCAGGAGUUCCUGGAGUUGGCCUUCGCCGAGAAGCCCCGAGGAGCCGCCUCCUACGCCCUGGCCGUGGUGCACCGGGCCGCCGCCUACCUGCCGGACUUCCUGGACUACUUCGCCUUCAACUUCCCCAACACGCACGUCAAGAUGGAGAUAUUGGGCAAGAAAGACAUUGAGACCACGACCAUCGCCAACUUUCACUCUCAGGUGAACCGGACUUACUGUUCAGGAACCUACCGGGCUGGACCCAUGAGGCAGAUCAGUUUGGUCGGAGCUGUGGAUGAGGAAGUUGGAGACUUUUUUCCGGAGUUCCUCGACAUGCUGGAGGAAUCCCCUUUUCUCAAGAUGACCCUGCCCUGGGGAAGCCUCUCCAGCCUGAAGCUGGACUGCCGCUCUCAGAGUGACGACGGGCCGAUCAUGUGGGUGCGACCGGGGGAACAGAUGGUUCCCACCGCCGACAUGCCCAAGUCUCCGUUCAAACGACGCAGGUCUAUGAACGAGAUAAAGAAUCUGCACUAUCUGCCGAGGGCCAGCGAACCCAGAGAGGUUCUGUUCGAGGACCGGACGAAGGCCCACGCCGACCACGUGGGUCAGAGCUUCGACUGGCAGAGCACGGCAGCUGUGGGCGUGCUGAAGGCCGUGCACUUUGGAGAAUGGAACAACCGACCUCGGAUAACCAAAGACGUGGUGUGUUUCCAGGCGGGAGACUUCAAUGAAGUGGUCCACCGGCUGCAGCUGGAUCUGUACGAGCCCCCAGUGUCGCAGUGUGUCCAGUGGGUGGACGACGCCAAGCUCAACCAGUUGAGGAGGGAAGGCAUCCGCUACGUCCGCGUCCAGCUCUGUGACGACGACAUUUACUUCAUCCCGCGGAACGUCAUCCACCAGUUCAAGACGGUGUCGGCGGUGUGUAGCCUGGCCUGGCACAUCCGUCUCAAGCAGUACCAGAAGGAGGACAAGGUAAAGGAGGAGGAGCCACAGCAGCAGUGCAGCGAUGUCAGCCCCACCACAGGCCGGGUGUCUUUCUCCUCCCCCGCCCGGCCGGACGCCACCCUCACCCCCUGCGCCAGACGGCAGAGUGACUACACCCGAGGCCGAGUGGCCAAGGCCGAAGAACCGGAGUUCCAGAGGCCGGCGACGCCCCCCCGGGAGCCUCAGCCGGCAGCGCCACAACCCACCAGGUCCGCUCGCUCGCCCCCAACUUACCAGGAUCUCCACUUCUCCCUGGCACCGCUCCACCCUGGCUGCACGCCGUCAAAAGCGCAGACACUUCCAAAAGCGUUUGGCCACAGCACGCGGCUCCACGAUGACAACCCUCUCUCCACUGUGGGGCGAUCAAAUGUGAAGAAGUUUUAGACUAAAACUGAAAACUGGACUUCGAUCAGGAAGCGUUUUGAUUUGAUUUAGUCUUCACAUAUUUUUAAAAGAUCUUUAAAUGUGGGUUAAAAUGUCCCGAUGGGUUUUGGGUUUUUUCAGACAACAAUACGGUUUCUCAUUGUCCUCAACCUGACCUUGAACUCUGCUGUCUCAAUGAUUAAGUGUGUAUCAUGUAAAGAAGCUUUUAUUUUUAGACUGACAAGUUGCAGCUCUUGCUACCAGAGAGACAUUUUUAUUUUACUAUUGUUUUCUGGCAGAUUUCUUUCACUGAGGCUUUUUGAAGUCGCAGGUGAUCUGAUUGUAUAAAAUACAUCGACUUUGAAAAUGAAGGCGGAAGUUGGACUAACUUCACCCAAAAGAAACUUUACCGUUGCAACGUGAAUCAAAUCCCAGCACAUGUUGCAAUGAGUGGAUUUAUUUUAUUUUGAAUUACUUCUCUUGGAAAUGGAGGAAGAGACGUUUUCUUCACACUUUUAUUUUGAAACAAAGCGACACACAAUGAUCUAAUAACGCUUCAAGCACUUUUUUUUCCCGUCUGCUUUAUAAGUUGCACUUACUGCUCGUGAUUCUUUAUUUAAAUUUUAAA